UCUGCGGCGCGUUGACACUUAACAACCAAGGAAGCUUUUGAGUUUUGCCCUCUGAUAAUCAAGAAUGAAAUGAUUCUGGAAUGAUUUGAUGAUGUUAUCAACAUUUUAUUAUCAAAUAGAUUCUUGUCCCUAGAUUGGCUUUGUGUGUGCCAACGUCUUCCGACUUGAGAAUGGGUAAUUCAGAUUCUAUUCUCACACCAGAAAAGCUUGAAGAUAUUGAAGAGCAGUCACAUUUUGACGAGAGGGAGAUCAAAUUUCUGCUGAAGACUUAUGCCAAACUGGAUCCCUCCCCCAAUGGCGAGGAUGGCAUCCCCGUGGAAUCUUUUCUCUCCCUCUACAUCUUUGCUGGCAAUGAGCUAGCAAGGAGAGUGGCUAUGAAGCAUGCCACUGGACCAGACCGUACCAUUCAACCAGAAGGGUUUCUCAUGUGUUUGUCAGUGUUGUGCAAGAAAGCGGAUUAUCGUGACAAAAGCAAAGCCCUUUUUGAUGCGCUGGACGUAAACAAGGAGGGACUUCUCCGAUUUGAGCAGCUCUUUAGUCUAUACAAAGGCAUGUUUACCCCUGCAUUGACGGAUGAUCAGAUAACAGAGGCUGUGAUUGGUGCAUUGCAGAAGGUCAGAGGUGAACAUCCUGGCACUAUAUCAUACCAAGAAUUUCUAAGGAUGGUAUCACCAUCAGAGCUGAAGAGGAAGAUGACGAUUGAUAUUCCUCUUCCAACCUGAGCAAAGUAAUGUUGCAUAUAGCUUCUUGGUCUGAAGAUCAUAGCAACAACUGCUUCUCAUGUGCUGCUGCUGCUUUUGAUGAUCAUGAUUGUGAUGAUGAAAUAUCACUGAAGGUGAUUAAUACCCCCGCCCUAUGCCGUUACCAUGGUUAUGCAGUUUGCAACACAUUCAGAACAUGAAUCUUGCAUGUCUUUACUCGAAGAUGAAUAUUUGUGCGUAUUUUCAUGAGUGCUGGCUUUAAACUUGGGAAGUACUGCUUGCUGCACUCUGCGUGGAUGAUCCGGAUGUUUACUCCUGCAAACAUCCUGCGAUUACUGAUCCUGCUCUAAUUCUGCUGAAUAAAUAAGGUUAGGAUUGUG